ACCCUUACCUGUCGCCAAAGAAUAACCUUGGAUGUUAUGACGUUUCUGAGAAAAUAUCUCGUGAGUGUCAAAGCAUCAUCGUUUGUGCACAGAAAUAUAAAAGCAACACUCAAAUGGGACAGACUAUUACACUUGUUAGUAACUUUCUGAGUGGAAUAUUUCGAGUACCUCGUUUCAUCAAAGCCGAUAUGUCUGGACCAGCUGCACAGUUUGUAAAAGAGGCCAUAGCCAAAAAUAAGGUCAUAAUAUUUUCCAAAUCGUAUUGUCCGUAUUGUACGAUUGCAAAAGAGACAUUCCAGAAACUCAGUUUCCCAGCUGUUACUAUUGAACUUGAGAAUCGGGAUGAUUGCAAUCAGAUUCAAGCCGUUCUUGGCGAAAUGACGGGGGCUACUUCAGUACCUCGAGUUUUUGUCGAUGGCAAGUUUAUUGGUGGUGGAACUGAAGUCAAAAAAUUGUACGAAACUGGCCAACUACAGAAAUUGUUAGCUUAAUUUUUCAAUUUGUAGCUCAAUUCCUCGGUUAUUUCUUUCUUUAAUUGUUUUUCAAUUCAUUAAAAUCCACGAAGAUUAACUCUUUCCGAAUUUA